UGAGGAGAACGGUCUUCAUUUGCCCUUCAAUUUAUUGCAAAUUUAUAUAAAAAGUAUGUAACUUUCAAUUUAUAUCAAUAGAACGUUAAGUUAAUUGAUUAAGUAAAUAAAUCAUAAUUCAAACUAUUCAUAAACAAUGGCUUCAAAUCCUCCAGGUGAAUGUUGUACUAAGGGUUCAUUACACGAGGGUACACCAAAAGGAAAAAAUCAAACUAUAUUUGGAUUAGAUACUUAUCAAGUUGGACAAGAGCAUGGUAAUGAUCGUAUUAUUGUCAUUUUAACUGAUAUUAUGGGUCAUAAUAAUAUUAAUGGGAAAUUAAUUGCUGAUGAAUUAUCUAAUUAUAAAUAUCAAGUUUUAAUUCCUGAUAUUAUUUUAAAUGAUCCUAUUAAGGGGGAUUUAUCAGAAUGGUUAAGUAAACAUAGUGCAGAAGUUACAGCUCCUAUAGUUGAUCCAUUCUUAAGUUCGAUUAAAAAGGAUUUGAAACCCAAAUUCUUUGGUGCUAUUGGGUAUUGUUUUGGAGCAAAAUAUCUUGUUCAAAAUUUAACAAAAGAUGGUCCAUUAGAUGCGGGAGCUAUAGCUCAUCCAUCAUUUGUAUCAAUUGAAGAAGUUAAAGCCAUUGCUAAACCGAUUAUCAUAUCUGCCGCUGAAAUUGAUCCGAUCUUUACAGUCGAAUUAAGACAUCAAACUGAAGCUGAAUUAAUUAAAUUAGGAGCUCGAUUUCAAAUUAAUUUAUACUCUGGGGUAAGUCAUAGUUUUGCUAAUCGAGGCGAUGUUUCAGAUCCGAUAGUUAAAUAUGCUAAAGAAAGAGCCUUGGUUGAACAAAUUUCAUUCUUUAGUCAAUAUUAGUUACAUUCUUUGGUCUAUUUAUAGUGAUAUUUAUUUGAUUUUGUUAUCAAGUAUACUUCUAAAAAUAUUUUCUGGUUGUUAAAAUUAGCCUUGUUUUGAUUUUUUAAAAGCCUCUAAAACAUAGCCUUGCUUGACCUUAUUUACACAUGGAGUUUGUUCAUCUUUAUCAGAUACUAAAAUAAUGAGAAGGUGGAGUAAAGUAAUAUAUCACCGGUUAAAAUGAAUAAAAUAAAAAUAAUAAUUAUCAACAAAUUCGUAAAUCAAAAGAUAAGAAGUAAAGGAUAUAUUAAAAUAACCCUAAUAAUUAACAAUCAAUCUUAAAUUAGAUGGUUGUUAUCUGAUAAUAAAGAAAGCGAAAAAUGGUAGGGCAUUUUGUACGAGAGUCGUGAGAUAACUUUCCUAAUUAAGCAUAUUUAAUUUCGUUUCAGGGACCGGAACUCAACUCCA